GACUCAGUCCUGUGGACCGCGACAUGUCCCAAACUCGAGGGAGUUCUCUGUUUCACUGAUUCAUUAUCAGUCCGAUUAAUUUGAGGAGUGGAAUCAUACGUGUAUAGGGAGCAAAAAGGAGAAUACUAAAGAAUGUGAGCGGAUGUGCAUCUGGACACUUUCACCGCGUCUCCAGCUGAGACUGUCCGACAGGAGCAGAUGCGGGUAAAGCCCAAGGACACAACGGCCUGACGCAGUGGCGGCCGAGGCGGGUUUCGAACUUGGAGUUCACCAACGCCCCUUGAUCUGAUGAUCAACGCUCAACCGUCCCAAGCUAAGAAAACAGCACAGAUUGUUCAGAAUAUAUGAGGAAGCCAUCAGGGAAGCAGCAUGACGAGACCCAAGGCAGGACUGCAGAGACAGGUUCAGCCACGACCCGAAGUCCACGACCCGAAGUCCACGACGGGCAGCGUCCGGGAAAACCAAACUUGAAGACUCCAUCCUUGUCUUCUACCUCAGAGCCUGAGUCCUCCACGAUGGUGUUGCCCCCGGCCCACUCCUCCAGGCUAAAGUAUGUGUCUCUGGGGGUCCUGGUGUUUCAGACCACCUCUCUAGUGCUCACCAUGCGGUACUCCCGCACCCUGAAGGAGGACGGCCCGCGCUACCUGGCCUCCUCCGCCGUGGUGUCGGCCGAGGUGCUCAAAAUCCUGGUCUGCACUCUCAUCGUCUUCAUGGAGAACAAUUUCAGCGUGCGGCUGCUGAAGGAGGAGAUUGUGAACAAGCCCGUGGAGACCCUGAAGCUGGCCAUUCCUGCGGGGAUCUACACACUGCAGAACAAUCUGCUCUAUGUUGCCUUAUCCAACCUGGACGCAGCCACGUAUCAGGUUACGUACCAGUUGAAGAUCCUCACCACAGCACUGUUUUCUGUCUCCAUGCUGGGGAAGAGGUUAGGAUUGUACCAGUGGCUCUCCCUACUGUUCCUCAUGGCUGGAGUCACUCUAGUGCAGUGGCCCACAGAGUCUGAAGUGGACUCUGAGCAGGCGGUCCUGUCUGCAGGCUCACAGUUUGUGGGGCUGAUGGCUGUGCUCACGGCCUGUUUGUCCAGUGGCUUUGCUGGAGUUUACUUUGAGAAAAUCCUCAAGGAAACUAAGCAGAGUGUGUGGGUCCGAAACAUACAGCUGGGGUUGUUUGGCUUUGUGUUCGCUAUUGUAGGAAUGACAGUUUAUGACGGCGAGAGGGUUAGAGAAUCGGGAAUGUUUCAGGGUUACAACACCAUCACCUGCACAGUUGUUGCCUUGCAGGCUCUGGGUGGGUUGGUCAUAGCGGUGGUCAUUAAAUAUGCAGACAACAUCCUCAAAGGAUUCGCCACCUCUCUGUCCAUCAUUGUGUCCACACUUAUUUCAUACUUCCUGUUGGAGGACUUCAACCCUACAAGUUUAUUUUUCAUGGGGGCAAUGCUGGUUAUUGCCGCCACAUUCCUCUACAGCAAGGAGCGCAAACCUGCUAAUGGCAGCGCCAUCAAAGUCUAAACUGAGACCUCUGUGAAGUGUGCUACAAGAGAGGAGUGACGUCUGCCACCUGACAUAGACCCUUCCGCAAUAUAUGAACUGUGACAUUAAGUAUGGCGUGCAGGAAUUAUUCAAGCCGGAAAUUUGAAAGUGAUCAAACCUGGCACUGCCAAACAUCUACAAAUGGAGGCUGCUGGGGCUGUAUGUUCUCCAUCAGUUUCCUGACUGAUUGCUGCGUUGUACAAAAGUUGUAAUCAGUAACAAUUACUAAGAAAUAACUUUUUUAUUGAAUUAGUUAGUUUUAAAAUGUUGUUGAUUGCUAAGGUUUACAAUGCUUGUGUGUUAUUAAUUAGCUCAAGCUAUCAAAAUCGUUAAAUUACUUAUUACAUCUUAUACCAAGAGUGGGAAUGACAGAAUACAAGUUAUGGAAAUGAACUGUUAAUGCAAUUUACAGGGAUUACGAUCAAACCAUGUCUUAUAUUUGAAAACUAUUAUUUUAUAUAUUUAAAUAUACUGGUAAUGUAUUUAAAUGUAAUGGGAUGAAGGAAAAGGGGUUUAUACUAAACAAAAAGGGUAUUCAUGGUGCUAGCAGCUCAUGCCUCAGAGGGAGGAAACUCCUCGACAGCUUCCAUCUAGUGGUGGAAUGAGGAGAAAACCUGCUGCAGAGAAAGUGCCUCUGGUCAAAGAUGCUGAAUGUCCUUUUGAAAAUGAGAUGAAAUAAGAUGGGAUAUGGCUGCGUUGACCUUGCUGCUCACAGUCUGAGCAUUUAUAUCAAAAGCACUCAUUCUGAUCUAAAUGAAAUGCAAAUAAAGGUCUUUGUGUGAGAACAAAUGAAUAAAUUAAGGCAUCUUUUUUUAUGUUGAAACAAC